GCUGAAUUCUACAGAAAUUAACUCAACCUGAGAAACCAGUGGGCUAGAGAUUUUAUCUGAUUCUGGUCACAUGCUGCAUUUUGUGGGAGGACUUUCUUUCAUAAAAAAAGAGCUGCAAGGAGCUAUUUGGCCUGUUUCGCUCCCAACAUCACACCGUAUCCGCUGCAACAUUCAUUCAGUCACCUGUUUUCAGCAAUGGAAUCCUCACAGCAUGUAUACAUCCACCUACCAGAUAAAUAUAAAGAGUUUCAAACAUCUGGUGAAUGGGACCAUGGGAUUGUUGUCAGAGAUUUGAAUCCAUAUUUGACUGACACUGAGCUUCACAGCUACUUUGAAAAAUUUGGAACAAUUACGGAAUGUCUCAUAACAAUGGACAAGUCGUCAGGGUGGCCCAAGGGUGUGGGCUUUGUGAGAUACUCAUGUUCAGAGGAGGCUAAAGCGGCAGAAGAAGCUGGCCCACACUACUUUGGAGGAUUUCUCUUACAGAUCAUCAAAGUUGUUACACCAAAAAUGUCUGCCCAGAACAAAUUUGACAAUCAGUUAAGUAGUUUUCCACGCCAAUCCGUCCAAACAGACCUGUGUGUGAGUUAGGAGUGGAAUAUUGGAGCACCCACCAUUACUGGCUGAAAUGAUUUAAACUAAACCCCUACCGCAAUGUGAAUUAAAAUGUUUUCGCAAGAUAAUCCAAGUGUAUAAUGUAAUAUAUUCUACCUAACAUUAAAACUCUAUUUGAUGUCUGUAUCUCUACUGUAAAGUAUCAAUUUUAUAUGUAUACCUGAUGAAUAAAUUAGAGAGCAAACAGA